AUUUAAAAAAUAGAUAUAUAUUGCCAUGCUGAUCAUUUCUCAGUAAUUCCUCGCCCCAGGAGCCUCAGGAGCCCCCAGGUCAGCUCUGCUCCUGCAGUGGCUCCCCCAAAUACAGGAGGAUGAAGUUCCUCAGUUUGGCCAUCUCCUUCCUCAUCAUCUCCACCGCGCUCGGGUCCAAGCGUGAAUUCUCCUCACGACCUUACCACCCCGCCGACUGCUGCAUCUCCUACAUUAGCUUCAAGUUCCCGCGGUUCCGAUUGUCGAGUUAUUAUGAGACCAGCAGCCAGUGCUCCAAGCCCGGAAUUGUCUUCAUUACCAAAAAGGGCUACUCCAUCUGUGCCAACCCCAGUGACAGCUGGGUCCAAGACUACAUCAAGGACAUGGAGGAGAACUGAGUGGCCCAGAAGUGGUGGGGAAGGUCACAGCUUGGAGUCUGAAAGAGAAGAGGUCGAGAAUCCCCUUUUUUCCCCAACUCUCAGCCCCAGCCACUCCCUUGGAGCUGCUCUGCCUUGAAUUAAAGAUCAUCCACGCUC